AAGAUUUUUUGCAGUAACUUUUAUUGGAUCUAUUGUAUGGAUAGCAGCGUAUUCUUAUUUAAUGGUAUGGUGGGCGAACGUUGCUGGAGAUACCAUUCAACUUCCUCCUGAAGUUAUGGGAUUAACAUUUCUUGCUGCUGGGACAAGUAUUCCAGAUCUUAUAACAAGCGUGAUAGUUGCGAGAAAAGGAUUUGGUGAUAUGGCAGUUUCUAGUUCUGUUGGCAGUAAUAUUUUUGAUGUCACUGUUGGGCUUCCAGUACCAUGGCUUUUGUAUGGACUUAUUUAUGGAUCACCUGUGGAAGUUAAUUCUGUUGGGAUGGUUUGCAGCAUAGCAAUCUUAUUUUGCAUGCUUCUUUUUGUUAUUUUGAGUAUAGCGUUUUUCAAAUGGCGUAUGAACAAAGGCUUAGGAUUUACAAUGUUUCUUUUAUACUUUGUUUUUGUCACAGUUUCAUUGAUGUUUGAGUACGGAAUAAUUAUUUGUCCUGUAUAA